UUUAAUUAGUUGUAUUCAUAUUAAUAAACUCCCAUUCAGAAAUGGGAAUAUCUUGCAGCCAGUUUAUAGACUGAAACGCUCCCUUGCUCACCCCCCUUGUUGGUGAAGCAACGGUGGCCUUUGAGGACAAGAAGCUCCUAUGGUGCACGAUAAAUAUGAUCCUCCAUUCGUCACAUUUUACAAUCAAAAAGCUUUUAUCGAAACAUAUUCUAGUGCAAUCUUCACCUUUGACUUCCAACUGGUGCAUUUUUUACAGCCACUCACUAAACUACUUACUAUUUCUACAAUCUGUGCUUGUAAUAUCACGCUUAGUUUGUUUUCAUGUGUGUUGACAUCACUUCCUGUUUUAUUUUUGUAACUCUGGUGUUCUGGUAUAAUGUUGAGUGUUACUUCCUUUCAUUUCCCGCCCUUUUUCCACACACACCUGUGCCUCUUUUGCAAUUAACCUGGCCUGUAUAUAAACCCCUGUGCUUCCACCUGCUCUUGUUGUCACCUUGGUGUGUUCAUGUGCUCCAGCUUUGUUUGCCUGCCCGUUUUCUGACCUUUGUUUGGAUUUUGAUGUUGUGGAUUUACCCUCGUUGGAUUUGUUUGCCUUCGCUGACCAACCUGCUGUGUAUGAGCCCUGGACUGUUAAGCAAAAAAUAUGUCUUCUGAGCUCUAUUGAUGUCCUGGACUCCUCUCUGCACCUGAGUCCAGCUCUGUUCUAAACUACAGUGGAAACAUGGUGGUGCAAGAUGGCAGCCUCCUUGGAACUUCACAAAAACAAAGGAGUUUUUUAUGCUCAGGGAGGGUGUUGUGACACUUCAUACAGUAGCUCUGAAUCGCCACGCCAGGAAGUAAAGUGAGCUGAAGCGGAGCUCUGCAGGGCUCAGACCACUGAUGACACAGACGCAGACAGAGGAGCUACACAACUGACACAGCACUCCAUGGGCCCUGUGUGUCCGAAGGAGUGAGUGGUGUGGGUUUUACUCAACAACCAAUCAGACUCAAGCUCCGAGGAAGCAGGAAGGAACUUGUGCUGCCAGUCGACCAAUCAGGAGCUUGGGCUGGAGGAGGAGGCCCUUCAGGAAGCGACUGGCGGAGUAUCGGGGGUUCACACAACCAACAGACUUCCUAACCAACAAGACUGAUUGUUCUAUCUUCCCGUCUAUUGAACUCUUCAGUUUUCUCCACCUGUUCAUCCCUCUCUUCUUACAUCUUUUUCUUAUUUAUCCGUACUCUUCCUUUGUUCUUCCAAAACUUAACACACUUUUAACCUUGAAUCUAUAUCGCUGUUGAACUUUUCUCCUACUCGUCUAACCGUGAAUCCAGUGAAACUCCUUGCAGCCAGAAAAGAAUGGUGGUUUAUUGCUUUGUGCUGUCACUGUCAUGUUCGCUGACAUGUCCGCCCCGUCCAUGAGGAAGAAGUCGUUUGCACGGAGCAUCAAGCCAAGCGUCAGGAUGUGUGUUCGGGAACAGAGGGAUGUCCUAACCAUGUCGUCUCCAGAGGUGUGCUGGCCGGUGCCGAUGCGAGCCAUCGGGGCUCAGAACCUCCUCACUAUGCCAGGAGGAGUUACAAACGCAGGAUAUCUGCACAAGAAAGGAGGCAGCCAGUACCUCAUGAAAUGGCCUCUAAGGUACACCAUUAUCCACAAGGGCUGUGUGUACUUUAAGAGCAGUACCUCUCCUGCACCACAGGGUGCGUUCUCUCUCAACGGCUACAACAGAGUGAUGAGAGCGGCAGAAGAGACAACGUCCAGUAACGUGUUUCCUUUCAAGAUCGUCCACUUCAGUAAGAAACACAGGACGUGGUAUUUCUCUGCAGCCAGCGAAGAGGAAAGGAGGAAAUGGAUGCGAUACCUGAGGAGGGAGAUAGCUCAUUAUAACGACAGAAAAGAGUACCAGAUUUCAAGUGACUCAGAUUCUGAUGCUGACAGUUUUUACGGCACCAUUGAGAGGCCCAUGGAAAUCAGACACACCAUGGAGAACACAGAAGCAGAUUACGGUGAGGAUGAUGACGAUGACGAUGAGGAGGACUAUUUAAAGCCAGACAGCGACUGUUCACCGACAUCCACAGGUCGACCCACAGGGCCUCCCCCGUCUUACCCUCCUCCCCCGGUGCCUGCAGCCUUCCUGCACCGUCCAGACUCCAGUCCAAAUUUCAAAGGAACACCUCCUCCAGUCCCGCCUCUGCACAGAAUCCCCACCAGCCCGUUUCCCAAAAAAACUCCCCCAUCUAUCCCACUUCCGUCCAUACUGAAGGACCCCAACAAAAGCCCACCCCCUCCUGUCCCCUUUGCCCCCCACCUGCAGAAGUCCAUCUCUUCCACGCCUCCACCGCCACCUCCUCCAAAUGCAAAGAAAACUCUCCAGAGCAGGACCAUCUCCAUGGGGGGGCCGGCGUUAGAAAAGAAAGACUGGAGGCCUCUGCCAGUGCUGGAAAACGGUCCCAUCCACUGCUCCCCUUCUACUGGAGGGAGCCAAUCAUCAGGCAUCAACCAUCAUGGGCCAGGCAUCAACCAUCAUGGGCCGCCCCUCAACCUCCGCAGCAAGCCAAGCCUUCCGCUUCCACAUAUGUCAAAACUUGGAGUGUCCUACCUCAAGCCUGUGACGCCGGUCCCCAGCAGCCCUCAGCUGUCUCCUCUUCUUAAACUUCACAACAAACCAGCGUUACCAAAACCUCCUCCACCAGCAGCAAAACCUCCAAUCCCUGCACCCAAGACAAAGCCGCCAGGAACCCCAUUUCAAAGAGCGUCUCCAGACGGCCAGAGUUUCCGAUCUCUGGGAGAGGAGACGCCGAUAGAGAGCAGGAAGAAACGAGAAACGUCAAAAGGCAGCAAGGGAGAAGAUUCAGACAGCGACUAUGAAAAUGUGCAGCUGCCAGACUCUGUGUUCAUUGACACAACUGAAACCAGCGUUGCAGAAAAGUUGUUCAAAGAGGGCUCCACUCCUCCAGAGGACGGUCUGUACUGCAUCCGAAACUCAGGAACCAAAACAUCAAAGGUGCUGGUGGUGUGGGAUGCAGCUAUAUGCAAAGCCAGAAACUACAGACUCUUUGAGGAGGGCGGUCUCGUUUUCCUGGACAUUGAAGUCAACUUCCCCAAUCUGUCAGCACUGAUCGAACACUAUUACAGCCAUCCUCUUCCUCACCACGGCUCCCUCUGUCUGCAGACGCCCUACACAGGGAUGCAGAUCUCCUGACUGAGAUACAGCAAAGACUAUAAAAUACAAACUGUAAGCAAAGGAGAGCAGAGAAGACAACACCUGUGUGUGUCGUGAAGCUGAAGGGUGCAUUCUGACAAACAGCAAGGAUGGAGAUUUUUACAAAGCCUGGAAUGCGAAGAUGAAGUUUUGUGUGUGAAUCAGUUAUCAGUAUGAAUCAAGUGAAGAAGCUUGAUCCAAGAGUUUGUCACCUGCAUGAGAUGAACCUUAGAAAGCCCAGUGACCUCCUGUUCAGUUACACAACUCUAUGUUAAGAGGACAUUAUUUCUGUGUAUGGAUUAUAUAGGAAAUUAAAUUAAGUAAUAUAUAUUCUCCUUAUUUUCACAGCGUCUGAUAUCUGCUUAGUUUGACAGAGAACUAAUUUCUGAUGAGUCAUCUCACGAGUUUCAGACAAAAAUAAUAUUCAGGCUGAAUCAAAAUGUCAUCAAGCUCAACAUUUUGAUGCAUGCUGGUUAUUUUCAUUCCUGUAAAUGUCAGCAACCAAACAAAAGUGAACCGAGGAAAACAUGCCUCUGAAUACGGCUCUGCAGCAGAAAUAGGAAAUGAAUCAAACACGUCUUAUCUGGUGGCAAAUUUGAAGUUUAAAGACUUUUACCAACAAUAUUUGGAUAAUUUCUGUGCCUGUUGUUGAUUCAAACCAGGACAGUUUCAGGAACAAACUCAUAGUAUUAAUCCAGGUAGAAACUGAGCCAAAAUUUAAAAGACUCCAGAAAUAUCUAUGCAUAUUUCAUAAACUCAAAGCCUCUUGUCAAACCUUAGUGCCUCUCAUCAAACCUUUACUUUCUCUCUUGUCAAGCGGCAAAGUCCCAAAACUAUUACUGAUAAAUCCCUCCCAGAGACUGAAAAGACUAUUAGAUGCUCUCUUAAAGAAUGACCAUCAAGGUGCUGGAAAAUGAUACGUUCUUAUUGAGAGAAAGAGGUUUCUUUAAAAAACGUAAAGGUAAUACAAAACUGUCGAUUGAACUUUGAUAAAUGCUUCUUUUUGUAUCAAACUGCAGAACUCUCAAAUCUGCAGUCACAGCUUGUACAGCACUAUCUUAAAUUAUGUACAUCCUUCUAUAUUUAUAUGUAAAUCUGUAUGUAUUGUAAAAAGAAACUGUAAAAAUGUAAAUAUAUUAUUUUUACAGAAAUAUAAAAUAUCUCACUCUGAC